AUGGGGGCGCGGCAGUCGAGUGCCCGCUCCCAGGACAAGGGCCCCAAGGGGAUGGUGCUGCUGGGCGGGAGGCAGAAAUUCUCGCCAUGGGACGACGCCCUGCUCUCAGGAAAGGACCCGCGGUCUCUGCUGCAGCGGGGCAUGCGCCACGUCAGCUUCAGCCUGGUCACCAAGGGAAUGACGGACAUCCCCGACUUUCUGUGGGGCUUGUCUGAGGUCCAGAAACUCAACCUGUCUCACAACCAGCUCAGGCUUCUCCCGCCCGAGGUGGGGAAGCUGACUCGGCUCGUGGUCCUGAACUUGUGCGGGAACCGCCUCAAGAGUCUGCCCCGAGAAAUCAGCCUCCUCAAGAGCCUGAAGGUGCUGUUUGUCAACAUGAACUGCCUGACCGAGGUGCCGGCCGAGCUGAGCGCCUGCCAGAGCCUGGAAGUCCUGAGCUUGUCGCACAACUGCCUGUCGCAGCUGCCCGCCAGCCUCGCCGGCCUCCCCAGGCUGCGGAAGCUGAACCUCAGCGACAACUCCUUUGCACACAUCCCCAUCUGUGUGUUUUCGCUGAAGGAGCUGGAUUUCUUGCACGUGGGCUCCAAUCGCCUGGAAAACAUCGCUGAAAGCAUCCAGUGCCUGGUCAGCCUGCAGAUCUUCAUCGCAGAGAGAAACAAUAUCCACUCCUUCCCGCGGUCGCUCUGCCUGCUCACAAGCCUGGAGCUGCUGAACUUGAACAACAACGACAUCCAGACCCUCCCAGAUGAACUCUACCUGCUGUGCAGACUGGCCAGGAUUGCUUGGAACCCCAUGGACAAAGGGCUCCACAUUUCCCAUAACCCUCUCUCCAAGCCUUUGCCGGAGCUGGUGGAGGGGGGCCUGGAGAUGCUCUUCAGCUACCUGAAGGAUAAAAAACACACCUGAC